GGCGCCCGUCACUUAGCGACGCGCCUCGCUAGACGCGCGUUUCGUGUUUGGGUUGUUGCUUCCGUUUGACAUCCGUGCAGGACUUUGUUGCUUAUCGCAACCGAAGUGACUAUCCCUUUUGGCGUGUUGCAUAUCCUCGAUGAGCGUCGUCGGCGAGAUAGCACUGCUGUGAUGAUGGACGAUACAGAGAGAAACCCGUCGCCCCCACCGGAGAUCCGAGAAGCUGACGAAAUCUCCAGCGGAGACAGGAUAGGCGAAACUGUGUUUAGCCGACACUGGCUGUUUCAGUGCCUCCUGAAAGCUAUCAGAGCCGCUGAAAAUGAGAAUGCCUGUGGUGAAGGUGAGCAGGUAUUAACAGAGGAAGAGGUUGUGGAGUUGGACAGAGAGGUUGAAGAAGAGCUCUGCACGGUUUGGGACAUGGCUGCCAACUCCGAUGUUGCACAUUUCCUGCACGAAUUCAAGGCUUCCGAGAUUUUCCUGCAGAUCAUCUCCACUUCUAAGUCACCUCGUCUGGUGGAAAUUUUAAUUGGAAUACUGGGAAACAUGGCUGUAUUCCCUGACCUCAGCUUGGCUCUAUCUAAGGAGCAAGGUAUUCUGCAAAUGGCUAUGCAACUGCUAGGCGGAACUGACACGCCCACUCUGGUUCAGGUGUUGAGACUUUGCCACACAUGCCUGUCAAAUAAAGAGUCGCUGCCCGUCUGGCUUCAGGCCAUGCGUUCAUCUGACAGCUGUCUUUCAGGCAUAACAUUCAUCUUGGAAAACUCCAUCAAUGAGGAGCUGCUCAAAAUUACCCUGCAAGUCCUGGACUGUGUCUUGGAUGAAGACUCGGAGAUGUGCACAGUGUGUGCAAAUGGGAACUUUAUUGAGGCACUUUUCACGGCUGCUAGCUACUUGAGCUCACGAGAAAAGUACGACUCCUUGGAUGCAUUCUGGCACUUACUACAUGCCAUGGACUACGAAACUGAUGCCAAAGAACUCCUCUUGCCCCACUGCGAAAAGUUGGAGUCUCUGCUUGUGGACUGGCUUCAGGGACAGGAGGUGUCGCCGCUGCCGCCCAAGCACUGCUGGCGGACCCUAGGUUCGGCAGUGACCCUGGUCAGCGGCGUUCGACAAGCCACGGGAAGAGAGGCCGAAGAUGACGAACUUUACAAGAGGUUAAAAGAAAUGCACUCGGCCCUCCAAGCACGGCUGCACGAGGCGGAGUCAAACAGCGACUCCAAGCUUCAGCGGCCAGAAAGCAUCGAUGACACAUUCCACAUGCUGCAAGGCGCCCUUGAGCAAGCACUGGGCAUCAGUACAAGACAGUGUACAGGAUGACAAUAAAUUCUUUUUUUUAGGUAGCUUA